UCCCCUUUUCCUUUCAAUUUUCCUCCACAGCCGCACCCUUCCUCUUCCAGCCAAAGCUUUCAUUUUUCACUCCACAGCUGCACUGCACACUCCCUCUCUCAGCCAAAGCUUCUUUGUCUUGUAGUUGGAGGAAUGUCUGCUGAAAACUUUUUGGUUAAUAAAAGAAAAAAUAUUGAAGAUGUUAACAUGCAAAAUUCUCAAUCCUUUAAAAAAUUAACAUCUUCUGAAAGUGGUCCUCAUACUGCAACUCCGAUAGGAAGUAAUCAGAUGCAAUUGCCCGUUGAUGAAAUUAAUAAAUCAAGUCAGGAGUUGGAUAGUCCUUAUUCAAGCCCUCUUCAAAAUGCACUUGCCAACUCUCUUGUUACUGAUCCUACUGGAAGGUGUAAAUCAAUUGUAUGGGAACAUUUCAAGAAAGUAAAGGUUGAUGGAAAAGACAAGGCGGAGUGUAACUAUUGCCAUAAACAAUUGGUUAGUGGGGGAAAAAAUGGCACUAGACAUUUACAUGAUCAUCAUAAAAUUUGUCCAAAGAGAAAAUACCAUGAUGUAUCACAGAAGUUGCUUGUGGGAUCCCAUAGAGAGAAUAAUAAGUUGACAUUAUCCACUUGUCAAUUUGAUCAAGAGGCAGGUAGAAAAGACCUUGCAAAUAUGAUUAUAUUGCAUGAAUAUCCUUUAAGUAUAGUAGAUCAUUGUGGGUUUAGGAGAUUUUGUAAUACUAUUCAACCUUUGUUUAAGAUGAUCUCUAGAAACACCAUUAAGAAGGAUAUAAUGAAAAUUUAUGAUGUUGAAAAGGGCAAGACAAUGAAAUUGUUAAACAAAAAUUUAGGGAGAAUUGCAAUCACUUGUGAUUUGUGGACUGCAAGCAACCAAAACAAAGGGUACAUGACUAUUACAGCCCACUUUAUUGAUAACAAAUGGGAGUUACAAAAUAGACUUAUAAGGUAAUUUU